CGAGACGUCCAUCCUCCAUCAGCCCGACCGACCAGCAGCACCAGCAUUGACAACAGGCACGCCGCGUGGGUGCGGCAGCUAUGCGGGAGUCCAACACAUGACGAACCUGCUGCUGGUCCUGCCCGACUUCGACGUCCACCCCUACACCCACAUUCUACCGUCCCUCGAGCGCGCGCUGGUCACCACCGCCGACCUCAUCUCCCUCGACGCGCUCGAUGUCGCGAAACGCGCCCAAGUUCCGCCCGGAGAGGUGAGGAAGCUUGCCGAUGCAGUCCUGGGCGCGUUGCAUAGUGAUGCCGCUUCCUCUCACUCCUCCCUCGUGAAAAGUGGCUCUGCGUGGAGUGGGUUGGAGUCGGGCAAAGACCUCAUCGACCGAUGGACCGCCAUAAGCACUCUAGACGACGUCUUGGACGCAGCGCUUGGCGGAGGCAUUGCGCGUGGCCACUUGACAGAGGUUGUAGGCGAGAGUGCUGCUGGCAAGACCCAAUUUCUCUUGACUCUCCUUCUCGCCGGCCAGCUUACUACACAAGAUGAUGAGAAGCCAAAGCAUGGCACAUCCGUACUGUACAUAUCGACAGAAGCACCACUACAGACCACGCGACUUGCACAGAUUUUGAAGACGCAUCCGAAACUGGCCGAGUUGGCGAUUGAAGAACGCCCUUCGUUGAGCAAGGUUCACAGCACUCAUGUUCACGAUCUCGAAGCACAAGAACACAUCCUCCGCUAUCAAGUUCCCGUUGCUGUUCAAAAGCACAACGUCGGACUGCUCGUAGUCGACUCCAUCGCAGCUAACUACCGCGCCGAGUUCGAUCGAGGAGCUCGAGGGAAGCGGAGUUCGGAAUCGCUUGCCAAGCGCGGCGCACAGCUUGCGCAGACUGGAAGCCAUCUACGGGCACUCGCCCGCACUCACAACAUUGCAGUCGUGGUGGCAAAUCAAGUCGCAGAUCGCUUCACGCCAGAGCCUCACCUGCACCCCCCAACGCAAUCAACGCAGACCUCGCGGCCAAGCACUCCAUCCCGAACCACCAAUCUGUACCCAGAGCUGCCGACCCAGGGCACCACAACAGGUCUGCUCUCCACCGACGACCCACUCUCGCUCGACCACCAGCAGCGCUUCUUUACAGGCUGGGGAGACGAUGAAUUUGCCACAAACCUGAAAACGCCCAGUCUCGGUCUGACCUGGACCAACCAGCUGUCGGCGAGAAUUGCUCUGCUCAAACAACCCAUCUACGAGGACAAAGUGUAUGCUGCUGGCGACGAGCGGAACCUCAUAGGCUGGAAUCGUUCGUGCAAAGUUGUCUUCAGCCCAUGGUGUGCAGAGAGUAAUACGCCCUUUGAGAUUUGGGAAGGUGGCAUUCGGAAUCUUAAAGGUGUAGAUGAGACGGGAGCACCUCCAUAGCGAUGAGUACUCAUUUCUCUGGGGUUUCAUGACUGCUGACUCCUAGAAGACACGAAAAAUAGUCAGCGCAACAUUCGUGAAAGGACUGCCUGGCCGCCCAUCGAUUCUCUUUUGCACCACAGUAAGCAGCGGCCACUGCUCGGCAUCAUUUACUUAGAGCGCGCUACUGGGCGUCCAAGCAUAAGUAUCAGUAAUCAGCCCGC